AUGAACUUCGAGUACGUUGUUGAUUUUUCCGAUGCAGAUGAAGAAGAGAAUUCUGAUGCAGUUCUUCCUUCGAAGGGUGCUGCCACUGUCAAGGAUUCAAGGAAGAAGAGAAUUGGUCUUGUUCAGUCUUCUACCGCUGGUGAAGAGGAGAUGGAAAUUCCCGAGGUCAACAGCCCGGUAAAUGAUGAAGAGAACUCUGACGAAGAGGUUACGGAUGAGGAGGAGCGUAUUGAUACUUCCCCUCAUGAUCACGAAGAUGAUGAAGAAUCCAGUGACAAGAAUGUUGGAGAGAAAACCGUUCCCGAAGCUCAAAUGAACGAUUCUGCUACCGAGCCUUCACUUGUUCAGAGGAACGAGGAUGUCGAUCUUCAAUCAGCGGACCCCGAGCCGCUAAAGUUGUCAGAUCCCAACCGAGAAUUAUCCUUCGGGAAUAUCUACUCUACUGGGGGUCAAUUUGAUAUUGGCGCCGCUACGGGAAUAUCUUCAGAUUUCUCUAUGCUUUUUCCGAACGAUGAUUGGGAUGUUGUUGAUGAGGACCAUGGUGAAAAGGCGGCUGAGGAAGAAGAAAGUUCCGACGGUUAG